GAAUAGAUCUUGCUCGCUGAGGAGAAGUUGAAGAUUUUUGUCCUCUUUUUCCGUUUUGGUACAGAUUCCGGGAGUGUCGUAAGUGACUGAGAUAUUCGGCCGUGUUACCGGGAAUCGGAAGAAGCUUUUGUCGUUUUGUUUUUCCCGCUGCCAGCGAGAACCAAGCUUAGAAACCACCAUUCAAUUUUAAUUGAAUCCCGUUGACUGCACAAAACAAACCGAACCGAAGAUGUCGGAGUACUGGCUAAUAUCGGCACCGGGUGAUAAGACCUGUCAGCAAACGUUUGAGACGAUGAAUAAUCUGACAAGCAAGCAGAACAAUCUCUGCGAAAACUACAAGUUCCAUAUUAUUAUUAUUAUUAUUUAUUCAACGAUUCAACGUUUGUCGGACGAUCUGGGAAAGCUGGACGCCUAUGUUGAGCAGUCAACGCGCAAGAUUGCCACCUACCUGGGGGACGUUCUCGAGGAUCAGCGCGACAAGCUGUACGAAAAUCUACAGGCGAACAAUAACGACUUGACCACCUACAUCACCCGGUUCCAGUGGGAUCUGGCCAAGUACCCGACCAAGCAGUCGCUGCGUAACAUUGCGGACAUCAUCUCGAAGCAGGUGGGACAGAUUGAUGCGGAUCUGAAGACGAAGUCCGCCGCGUACAACAAUCUGAAGGGCAAUCUACAGAAUUUGGAAAAGAAGCAAACGGGAAGUUUACUAACGCGCAAUUUGGCCGAUCUGGUGAAGCGAGAGCAUUUUAUUCUGGACUCCGAAUACUUGACUACUUUACUGGUUAUUGUGCCCAAGCUCAUGAUCAACGAUUGGAAUGCCAACUACGAGAAAAUAACGGACAUGAUCGUGCCCCGUUCGUCGCAGACGAUUGUCUCCGACAAUGACUACGCGCUGUGUACGGUUACGCUGUUCAAGAAGGUGGUGGAUGAGUUUAAGCUGCACGCCCGUGAGCGUAAGUUUGUUGUUCGUGAUUUCACCUAUAACGAGGCGGAGUUGGCCGCCGGCAAGAAUGAAAUCAGCAAGCUCGUGACGGACAAGAAGAAACAAUUUGGUCCACUGGUCAGAUGGCUGAAGGUUAACUUUAGCGAGUGCUUCUGCGCUUAAAUACACGUGAAAGCGCUGCGUGUGUUCGUAGAGUCCGUUCUAAAAUACGGACUGCCAGUCAAUUUUCAGGCUAUACUGAUCCAUCCUAACAAGAAGAACACCAAACGUUUACGAAACGUGCUAAACCAACUUUACGGCCAUCUGGACGGAUCGGCGGCCUCUUCGGGAGCAAACGCUGACAACGUCGACAUUCCAAGGCUUGGCUUUGGACAAUCGGAGUACUAUCCGUACGUUUACUACAAACUGCACAUUGACAUGGUCGAGAAUAAAAUUUAAGCUGCAACAAUACUGCUCGCUAUGUUACGUGAGAGUAUCAUCCCGGAUAACACAAACACAAACGACAAACCCAAUUAUUUCUGUUCUUGGUUCUGCGCUUGGUCGGAGAGAGCUCAGUGGUGCGUAUACGCAACAACCCGCUGGUAUUAUUAAAAAACAAA